AUGCUUCAUGCUGAAAGUAGAGUAAGGCUCUUGGAGUAUCAGGAUGAAAUCACAAUUGAACCAUGUCCUAAAAAAAUGAAGUCAACAGAAGGAGCUGACGAGAAACUCUCUGAUGAUGAUAACCAAGGUGUUCAAGAGGAGGUAGAUGCUGAGAGACCCUUGGAUGAUUUGAUACCAGCGUGUGCCUCAGAUAACCAAGGGCAACAUGAAAUGCAGAAGCAAGAGGAAAUACCUGCUGGUGUCUUGGGAACAUCGAAUGAAGUGCUCCCUGUAUAUGAUCUGGUGCUCAGUCAGCCGAUUGAUUCAGCAACUGUGCCAAACAUAAAUCCUCCAUUUGCACCAAUAAAUGACACUGAAGUUGAAGAAAAUAAAGGCCCUUUUAUUACAAAUAAUGCUGGUGAAGAUAACAUUAGAAAUAGCAGUACAUCAUUCUCAGUAAGUAGAAAUGCAUCAGAUGAAGAGUUUUUUACAAGCAAAGAAUUUAUCGGACCGAUAUAUAAGCCUGCUGAAAGUAACAAACAGGACAAAUCCGGCAGUUGCAAUGAAUGCCGAAGCGGUGAGGGAGAUCAGAAUGAAUUGCAUGAAAACAGAGAUAAAAGAAACGAGGAAAAGAAGAUGCAGACCAUUUCUUCUGCUGUACCAAAAAUAGAUGAUGAACUGGACCAGUUCUAUAAAGAAAUUCACCAGCUGGAAAAUGAAAAUUUGGAUACCGAUUUCCAGGAGAAAGAAACUGAAACUUCUCAGGAACAAUACUCUCCGUCUGAUGGUAAUCAAACCUCACAAGAGGAUUAUCAGCGUAGAUUGUUGGGCAGCCCACAACCAUUUUAUGGGAAUGGACAGUGUUUCUUUGGGCAGCAGAAUAGUCAGGAAACAAGCAACGGGCAGCAGUUUGUCAUGGAAACAAGUGGCUGGAAAACAGAAGAUACCUUUAAUGAGCAACUAGAUUCUAAAUAUUGGAACUACUCAGUGCCUGAAUUCAGACCUGCUUGGCAGUCAACAGAGUCUUUUAUAGCACCUCAGGGACUUCUUCCUCCUAGAUUCAGUCAUCAGUCGCAUUUUCCAGUACUUAAUUCCCCACCACAGAACACAAAUGCUUUCCCUUCUCCAAAUGGUGAACUUCCUUACAAAAAUUAUCAUGGUUACCAUGGAAAUACUGAUAUCAACAAUCAUGAUCUGUUGCUUGAUCAAAGUACCAACUAUGCUGGUCAUAUUGGUAUUCAUACUACUCAGGUCUUCAGAAAUGGAAAUAAUGACCGGAACGGACUCCAAAAUAAUGGUUUCUGUGAAACCAGGGAAGAGAUUUGGAAGGAUCUAAAAGCUGACAGUACAGAAGGAAUGCACAUCUUUUCUUCCUUGCAGUUACCUGAAGAAAGAUUCAGUUGUUCACAGAAAUUCCUCCUGAUCUUAAGAGGCCUACCUGGUUCAGGGAAAUCAACACUUUCUCGUAUUCUGCUGGGUCAAAGUCGUGAUGGCAUUGUAUUCAGCACUGAUGAUUAUUUUCGCCAACAAGAUGGAUAUACGUAUAAUGCUGCGCAGCUUGGUGAUGCCCAUGACUGGAACCAGAAGAGAGCAAAGCAAGCGAUGGAGCAGGGGAUAUCUCCAGUUAUAAUAGACAACACUAAUACUCAAGCCUGGGAAAUGAAGCCAUAUGUGGAAGCGGCUCUGGAAAGGGGAUAUGGAGUGGAGUUCCAUGAGCCAGAUACUUGGUGGAAGUUUGAUCCUGAAGAAUUAGAAAAGAGGAAUAAACAUGGGGUCAGUCGUGAGAAGAUUGCUCAGAUGUUGGAACGAUAUGAAUAUCAAAUAUCCAUACCUAUUGUCAUGAAUUCGGUGGUACCUCCCCACAAAAACACUCAAAGGCCACCUCCGCAGCGAAGACAUAGGUGGGGAGGCAAUACAAACUCGUGGGAUUCUUACAGUAUUUCCAGUAGCCGAUAACACACGUGCAGUCAGUUAAUAAAAAUCUGUUCCUUGCCUUUCUAAAACACAUCAUCGCCUCCAAUGAAGUAGUGGAUCUUCUCUGUUUUAAAUAGGCCUAUUUCAAGAUCAUUUUCUUCUGGAGGUUGUUACCCACUUACAUGUAAAUAAAAUUGUA